AUGGGGUCUUCAGGCCUCUAUCCCUAUGAGCCUAGCAAGACAGGGGCAGGUAUCAUGAUGGUGCUGUUUGGGGCAAGUGCCUGGUAUCAUCUUUGGCAAAUGACAAGAACAAGAACGUGGUUCUUUACUGCUUUUCUCAUUGGUGCUUUCAUGAUGACAUUGGGCUAUAUCUUCCGCUUGAUAUCAGCACGAAAUCCCGAAAGCCUCGUACCCUAUAUCUGCCAAUCCACGUUGAUCAUUCUCCCUCCAUCGCUCUAUGCUGCAACAAUCUAUAUGACAUACGGCCGGAUUGUCAUGUUCGUCGGUCAACCUCAGCUAUCUGUCGUUGAACCCCGGAAAGUGACCAAAGUCUUCGUAACAGGAGACACCAGCGCCUUUAUGUUGCAGCUGGCAGGAGGUGGUAUGCAGGUCAUCGACAGUAUGCGCAACAUCGGGCAGAAGAUCCUUGUUGUUGGCCUUGUUGUUCAAUUGAUAUUCUUCUGUUUUUUCCUCUACGUUUCUGUCACAUUCCUGGCUCGUUUGCGCAAUUCCGGUCUCAAUAUGAUCGGUGGGCCUUGGCGUCGACUCCUUCAUAUCUUGUUCCUUGUAUCCGGACUGGUAAUCGGGCGGUGUAUUUUUCGGAUCAUCGAAUAUGUCGGUGGAACAGAUGGAUAUGUGCCAACCCAUGAGUAUUUGAUGUACAUCUUCGAUGCCGUUCCAAUGUUUUUUGUGCAGGCAAUCUUCCACUUCUUUCACCCUGGCAAAAUUCUUGUCGGCAAGGGUCCUGUCGUUGAUGAUUAUGUCAACUUACGAGAUGUGUAA